AUGUCUACCAUGAGAUUGCAUUUACCUCCUGUUAAAGAAAAAAGUGUUUCAAGUUUACCAAAAGAUAGAAAUGUUGAUGAAGACAACAGAAGUUACAAAGUUAAAAUGAAACACUUUUGGAGUAUUGAACAAAUUGACUUUGAGUUGACUGAUAAAGGGUUAAAAGAUAGAAUCGACUUACAAGCCGAUUUUGAGUUGAAUGAUGAGACAGAUUAUAAUACUACUCAAAGAGUUAAACAUCAAAAAAAUAAAAAGAAAUCUAAAGGAAAAAAACCAAUUAGAAAUAGCGAUGAUGAAGAGGAAUUGAAUAUAAAUAAUGCAAGGUUGGUUAUAUUAAACGAAACAGUUGAAGGAAGUGAAACAUCACCUAUAAGCGAAAUCUGUAAUAUUAUUCAAGAUAAUGAAAAUGAUGAUAAAUAUAGAGAUUAUGAUAGUGAUCAAUAUGGAGAAUAUAAGGAAGAUUAUUAUUAA